AUCCAGUAACACGCACAUUCCCGCGUCCCCUGACUGUCAUACGACGGGCACGACCGCUAAUGCAGUGCGCCCCUUUGAAAAACAGGGAACCCAAUCACCUCAUCACCGCCUUAGUCAGUGCAGGGAGCCCCCGGAACCGCCUCCCGUCCCAACAACACUCCCUGAUUGGAGCGCACAACACUUUUCUGUUCCAGGUUCCGAAUAUCCCUGCCAUCAUCUCAAUAUUUAUUAUUGUUUAUUCUGGUGUGUUACUACUAUUGAAUUUCUCCAACACCGCAUAAUCUCACCGACCUAGUUUCCGCAACCCUUAUCGCAAAAUUUUCAAAUCUCUUCUCUUUCCCUUUUCUCUCAUACUUUGUCAAUUUGUUCUGCCUACUUACCA